GCAAACUUGUAUCAGUUGGUGGAGGAAACGUGCCGGGCAGUGUACAGCCAGCUCGAAAACCCAAAAAAAAAACGCACAAUGAUGAGGCUGCAGUUCUUUAUUUUCUUACUCAGCCUGAGUGCUCUGGUCAGUGGAGGAGAAACCUUCCACGAAGCCGAGCGGCGUAUGCAUCCGGUGUUCUCUUUAUCUAAAUUGGAGUCCCAAACCGGAGGUCGCUCUAAAAGAGCCAUGCCUCAGAUAGUUUUCGAUGCCCUGAGGGCGGAGGAGCGCUAUGCCGAGUACUGGCAGGGAUUGGCCGCCCAAGCACUCGAACAGCAGCUGGACAGCAAGUCGAAACUGAACACCCAGCUGGCCAGGAAUGUGAUGCUCUUCAUUGGCGACGGCAUGUCCAUACCCACGAUCACGGCAGGUAGGGUUUACCUCGGUGGCGAGGAGAAGCAGUUCGCCUUCGAGCAGUUCCCGUUUGUGGGCCUCAGCAAGACCUACUGUGCCAACAUGCAGGUGGCCGACUCCGCCUGCACGGCCACGGCCUAUUUGGGCGGUGUGAAGGCCAACUAUGGGACGAUAGGAGUAAGUGCAGCGGUGCAGUUCAAGGAUUGCGCGGCACAGUCGCAGCCGGAGCAUCAGGUGGCCUCUAUUGCGGCCUGGGCCCAGAGGCAGGGCAUGGCCACGGGCCUGGUGACCACCACUUCGGUCACUCACGCCUCUCCAGCCGGAGUUUAUGCCCACCUGGCCAACAGAAAUUGGGAAAACGAUGCGGAAGUCGCCAGCGAUAAUGGUGACCCCGAUCUCUGUCCAGAUGCCGCCAGCCAGCUGAUCAACAGUCCGGUGGGACAAAAGCUCAAUGUGGUAAUGGGCGGAGGUCGAGAGAAUUUCCUGCCCUGCGGCACCACAGAUGCCAGUGGGUCACCUGGUCGCCGGCUGGAUGGUCGCAACCUCAUCGAGGAGUGGAAAGGUCAGCACACGAAUAGUGCACACUACGUGGAGAGUCGAGCGGAGCUGCUGCAACUCUCCAACCAAACUUCGCGAGUGCUGGGCCUGUUUGCCCCCUACCACAUGGCCUACCAUCUGGACGCCAAUGCCGCGGAGCAGCCUACUCUGGAGGAGAUGGUACAGGUGGCCAUGCAGAUCCUGGAGCGCCAGAGUGCGGGGCGCGGCUACUUCCUGUUCGUGGAGGGCGGACGCAUUGACCAUGGCCACCACGACACUUUGGCCCUGAGGGCCAUCGAUGAAACGGCGGAGUUCGACAAGGCGGUCAGAUUUGCCAGGAGUCACACCAGCACGGAUGAUACCCUAAUAGUGGUCAGUUCGGACCACUCACAUACCAUGUCGCUGGCGGGCUACUCCAGCCGGAAGAACGAUAUAUUCGGGAUCAACGACGGACAGCUGGCGGCGGAUGAUCUGCCCUAUGCCACGCUGAGUUAUGCCAAUGGACCGGGCUACGACAGCAAUUAUCUAAGGGAAGGCGGUGCUGUGCGGCGGAAGAAUCUGAGGGCCAUCAACAUGAAGAACAAGGACUUCAUGUUCCCCAGCACAGUGCCCCUCGAAUCGGAGACCCAUGGCGGCGAUGAUGUGGCCGUCUUCGCCAGUGGACCAUAUGCACAGCUUUUUUCGGGGGUCUACGAGCAGCACUUCAUUCCCCACGCCCUCGCUUACGCCUCCUGCCUGAGCGAUCGUAAUAUGUGUGUCGAUGGGGGAGUGGACAGGCGACCACGAUGAGGAUUAACGAAGGGUCAAGGUCGAAAGACCAGAGUGAAUUGUAGAAAAUCUUAGGGACCGCGGUAUUAUUCUCGUUUAAGAGAAAAACCAGUAGUUAAGUAAUUUUGUAAGGGGGAUAUUAAAAUAAAUAAAUAAUACACU